AUGGUCAAUCGCGUCGUGCGUCUCGUUGAGCGUUUCAUUGCGCUGCUUCCGCUGCAGCAGAUGAAGUCGCUCGUGAUCCAAGCCUCUCGGAUCAAGCGCUGUGGAUUUGGCAACUUCUUUGUGGCUGUGCUACCGCGCUUGUCCGCGCUCGAGCAUUUCGACUUGAAGGACCUCUGUGUCUGCGGCACGCCUGCCAUCCAACCAACCACUGCGCUGGAGUCAACGUUCCGAACGCUCAAGUUUGACCAGGUCGACUUGUCCGAGGCGUGUCUCGAUGCGCUCGUCCGCUGGGCCACGAGCUCGAAGCGUCUCGAGUUGGUCAAGUUUCGUUCUUGCGCGCUCUUGGGCACGAAUAUCAACUGUGCCGGGACCACGCUGCAGCGGUGCGCCAACACCGGGGCAUGCUGCGUGAGCUUCCUCAUCUGUACCUCGGCUGGCUAUUGCGCGCGACCCACGCGCCCCGAAGGGUUUGUGCUCAAUCUCACGGGCACCCGACUUCGUCUCCCCAGUGUGCAAGCCCUGCUCUAG